AUGGCCGAGAGGAUGAAAGUGAAGCAGCGGCAGCAGAAGGAUGAGGUAGUGAUGUCGAACAUCAUGGUCGCAGCCAGUGAGAUCUCCGGAGUGAAGUUUGCAUUCCGCGCCUGGGAAAUCCUGACGCGCAAGGAGGCGGAACACCGCCAGAAGACCAACAUGCGUCAGGAUCACAAGAAGGAGCUCUUUGAGCUGAGGCAGGACACCACUGCCAAACUGAGGUCAUCAAACAGCCGCGAGAACGACAUGAAGGACAUGCAGCAGGUGCUACGGUGCUUUGUCUGCUGGUGCACCGAUGUGAAGGCUGGGAAGAUGGCCUCGGAUCUCCUGGCGGUGGAGGAGAAGAAGCGCAUGGAGGUGGAGGCGCAGAUGCAGCAGGUGCAGCAGGAUCUCACGGUGGAGACAGCUGCCCGCAAGACUGCAGAAUCGGAGGCGCGGACAGCGACCGAGCUCCUCCACAACAACGGCAUCAAGUUCCCACCGGAGGAGACCAAGGACGCGCGUCCUGAGCGCUUCAUGCUGCCCGUGGAGCGCGUGGCCCACGCUCUGCAGAAGGUCUACCGAAGGCGGCUCACUGCAGCCCUUGUGGCCAUGUUGACGACCUCACCAAGGAAGAUGGCAUGGUACCAGCGAGAGCCCAGCGACAAGCAGGCGCUGGCAGACAAGCCCAGGCUGAGGCAUCCUGUGAAACCGUCCGCGUCGCAGCCUGCUGCCAACAUGAAGGCCGCCCAGCCACUGCUGGCGCUGCCGUCCCCGGGCGCGGCCUCCGGGGCCACCGGGGUGGCCUCGACGCUGGACUUCCUGGCUCGCACCCGACAGCUGGUGGCCGGAAACCUCGAGGUGAUGCCGACGCCACCCAGCGCAAGCAACGGCGAUGCAGGCUCAAAAGGUGCGGGCUAUCCUGGGCCUGGGGCGUCGCUGCCCCACUUCGGCCAGCAGGCCUCCCCGCCUGAUUCCCCGGCGGUGCCUGAAAGACCCCGCCUGGUCGCCAAGCCACGUCCCGACGCGGCCGGGCCUCAUCUGGUGAUCACAGGGGUGAAGAGCCCCCCGCCCUCGCCGCCCUCUCUGCCGGAGCCGCAGCUGCCAUCGCGGCAGGCCAUCGAGCAGCAGAUCAACCUCCAGGACACCUUGACCCACAUGCAGGCGACCAUGCGUCGCAUGGAUGACGUGCAGCAUGGUGCCCCGAAAUAA